AUGUCCGGCAAUUCGAGGAGCAACGAGAGCACACGUGACAAAGGACUUGGAGUUGAGGAUCCGGUAAUAAUUCCUUCUAAUGAUAACAUUCCAGGAGGUCUGCGCCAACAUCAUAAGUUUGUUCUGGCGCAUACAGCGCUGUGGUGGGCAGCAAAAAGCACUGAGAUCAUGAGUGACCCUUCAUCUGAGACCCAGCCUACAAGAGAUGCUUCUGAAAAAGAAGGCUCCAGACCCUCCAUAACUUUAGGAGAAUACUGCGAGCAGCUUCGAAAAUGGAUGGACGAAGUGAAUUGCUGGCAAGCUUUCCACCAGUACAAUACGGUUAUGAUGGCUUACCAGGAUCAGCUUCACACGCGGCAAGGACAGAGCGACAGGGCAGAUGGUGGUCUUCGCCGAAGGCGUCAGGAACCUGAAGUUGAUUUUGUCGAACAGAACGAUGGUGGAGAGGUCCGUCGCGACCCUGUGUUAGUGCUUCCAGUGCCUCCUAGUGCUCGUGACGUCGCUGUUAUCCACAAUCCGAAUGGACCAGAUCUGUUGGCUGCUCAGUUCACGGUUGCUUCGUAUCUACGUCGCUUCUUUGCUGAAGUAAUCGACUUUGUCUUCGCAUUCUUCAUUAAGCUGCUGCUCGUGUACUACCUUGUGGAAUUGGAGCUAGUGGAUCUCAGCCGUUUUGACAAACUGCUCAGCAAUGAAGCAGACCUCCAAACCCUUGUGGACAUCACUCAGGAGUUGUUCCCACUUGAAUUGUUGGGUAAACUCGCAUGCAGUUUGCUUGAGGCUCUAUGCCUGUCGCAAUCGCUGUUUGCUCGUUUUUCCGGGCAAACUCCUGGGAAAUAUGUGAUGGGAGUUCGCGUGAUCGAGUGCGGAAGUGUGACUCACGUUGUUGGAGCGCCGGCGAAUGUUGUUCGCGUCACUGGAUCAGUGUUGAUUCCAUUCAAGGCGGCAGUUUUGCGUUCGCUGUUGAAGAACAUCCUCAUCAAUUCCUUGGUUCCAUUCAGUACGGUUGCGUUCGCCUUCAACUUUAAUCGUGCGAUCUACGACAUCGUGGCGAGGACGAUCGUUGUUCUCGAUUGA